CGGAGCCAGUCACUCAGGGGCCGGCCGAGAGAGGCUAAGCCAGGCAAGGCCGGCCUUGGCGUGGGCUGCGGCGGCGGAUAGCGGGGGAGGGACUCUGCCGCCUUGCCCUUCUCCAUGUGGCGCCCGAGGCGGGAAGGGAGCCCUCCUCCUCCUCCUCCAUGACCGGGACGAGCAGCAUGAGCAGCGGCUACAGCAGCUGGGAAGAGUCCGAGUCGGAGGAGUUCUUCUUCACCGCCCGCACCUCCUUCUUCAGGGCCGCCCCGAGCAAAGCCAAGCCCUGCGCCCGGGAUGUCCAGAAAGAGAGAGAAUCCCACAAUUACCUCACUAAAGAAGCAAUCAAGGAAAAAGUCCAAAUGUAUAAUUCAGAUGUUGUGGACAAGCUAAAGAUGACAUUGAACUCCAGUGGGAUAUACACUGGCUUCAUCAAAGUUCAGAUGGAACUUGGCAGACUUAGCACAGUACGGGACACAAAUUCAGGAAAGCAUCGAAACAGCAACAAUGAAACUAAUGGCAACAUGAAUACUCUUCAUAUCAGCAGCACUAACACUGUUCGUGAAGUCAUUGAGGCCUUGCUCAAAAAGUUUCUGGUGGUUGACAACCCUGCCAAAUUUGCUCUUUAUAAACGUUGCCACAAGGAAGAUCAAGUUUAUAUGUGCAAGCUCUCAGAAACAGAGCAUCCUCUCUACUUGCGUUUGAUGGCAGGUCCAAGAACAGACAUGCUGAGUUUUGUUCUGCGUGAGCAUGAAACUGGAGAGGUUUUGUGGGAAGCCUUUAGCCUUCCUGAGCUACAGAAUUUCUUACGGAUACUGGACAAGGAAGAAGAUGAGCAGUUGCAAAACUUAAGACGACGCUAUGCAGCAUACAGAAACAAACUUGAAGACGCCCUUGGUGGGGUUUGGAAACCAGGUUAAAAUGCAGCCAAAGAACACUCAGGAAAAAGUGCAUUACCAAAUAUUAAGUAGCAUGCCAAACCCAGUGCCCAAAGCAAGAUUGACUGUUUCUUUAAAAACAGAUUACAAUGUGUUGGCUUGGUAAAGUGACAUUCUUUAUAUGUUAUGUGUGCUUCAUUCCAGCUGGUUGUGUGAAAACUCCUUUCACAGACAUUAGGAAAUGGAGAGGUUCUUUGCUUUAAUGCCGAUUGUUAGUUUUUUAAAACAAAGGAUGUGUAAAUGUCAGUUUAUUAUAAAUCCAAGCUCAGUUUUAAAUUAGAAAUAAUGUACUAUUUAAUAUCCAAGUUGAUUUGCACUACCUUUCUUCAACUAUUUCUCUGUACUUUUGCUAAACAAAUUAUUUUUAUAUGAAGAAUGUGUUCAAAAUGCUUUGUAGAUGAUGUUUAAACUAGAGAGGGUAGAAAGAAAGUUGGAAAGAAGGUAAGAGAUGGAGAAGAGAAGGAUGCUGAUUUGGAAAAGAGAUCUCGAACGUUGAUUAGUAAUAUUGAAGGGACGGUUUAGCGUUUAUAUUAUGGGAUUACUGAAAUUAAUAUAUUCAGUGCUGAUACUGAGAUAGGUUUUAAUAUAAAGGAAACGGAGCUGCAUAAAGGCUACAUGUGGGUGAUAAUCUUGAAUGUGCUUUAUAAUAUUGUUGAUACAGUAAGUUGGGGCUUGUAUGCGUAAAAACUUGAGCAUUAUAGAGUGAACCCAGAAAUCUUUUAAUUCACCAGUUCUUUAAAGCUGCAGUUGAACUAGUUUUGGAUCGAACCUUCACUACUAAAAAAAUUAAGUAGCAAUGUUCUCUUAAGUUUAUAUUACCUUAUAGUGCUUCCUCUUUACUAUGAAACAGGAUAUUUAUGGUUUUAGUUUGUUUAAAAGUUUCAAAAGGUGACUUGGAUUUUUUACACUGGUUUUACUAACUGCAAGGUAAAUAAUGGAAGGAGGAAGAUUUUGUAUUUGACUAUUUUUUCUAGUACUAUUUUAUCAGAUGUCUAUAUGGUAAAUGAAACCAAAGAAAUGGGUGUGCAAUACAAAUGUUGUAUGUCAAUAUAUAAACAAGACUUGGUUUUAGUUUCAUGUUUGCAACAAUCCAGGGGGAAAUUACUGACUUAGGAUAACUUUAAUUGACACACUUUCAACAAUCGUAUCUAGCAACCACCAUAACCCCUGAAUUAUUUGGGCAUUAAUUUAGAAAUUUCUAAGAAAUAUCUGCCAAUGUGGUGACACCUGGUGGGUAUUAGAUGUAUUGUUCUCUUGAGGAAGAGUGCCUUUAUUUAAAUAUUUGGCUGCUUUACCUCCCUUGCAUUAAUCUUUGAGGAGGAAUCUUGAUUCAGAUUUGCCAAGACAAUCUUCUUUUAUUGUAAAGUGUUAACAGUAAAUUAGAAGUAGAACUAGUUACCAAAUAAUCAGACAUAUCUUGUUUGGUUUUUCACAUAAUAUUGUAGUACUUUGUGUGUCUUAAUUUUAUUGGAGACAUAAUCAAAGUCAGGGAGUCUAGUGGUGUGCAUGACAUUAGUUUUAAAAAUCCCAUAGAAACUAUGUUAAAUCUCUAGAUCAGUUCAAAUAUUACUUUUACUAUGUGACAGCCAUGUCCAGGGUCUGCAUCUUGUGGCAUGAAGAGCAUGCUUUUCAUGUAGUUGACCAGUUCCAUUGAAAGAUAUAUUUAAAAUAUUAUGAAGGAACUUUUCAGCUGAGUCAGUGGAUGCUUUUCAAUUUAAAGUCUGCAAGACUGCAUUCAUCCCUUAUUUCCCUUUUUAAGCUGUCUCUGUGAUGCAUUCAUUUAUGUUACCACAGCCAGUUGUUGCAUUCUUGCUACUUUUUCCCUUCCUUUCUCUAAAGGAAGUGCUACUUCCGUACUAUAUUCUCAUUCUUAUGGGAUACAUCCUGUGGCCACAUCAUAGUGAAAGUAGAAGUAGAAACCACUGCUGCUUGUUGGAGGUGGUGCUAAGAGAGAGAGACUGUCAGCCAUGUGUUGUUGUCUUGCCUAUCUUGCAUACACACAACCUUUGUCCAAAUCGGCAACCUCAACCUGUGAAAGACCUUGGGUUUUUAUUCUCCUAGGACUACACAUGAGAACAGUUAAAACUCUAAACUGGACCUUAAGGUCCUGUUAUAACAAACAUAAGAUUUGGAACUUCAUGUUUCUGCUGUUUAGAUUUAAAUACUGUAUCUGAAUCUAGUCAGGGCAAUUGCCAUGUAUGUGAAUUUUACAUUUUUACUUGAACUUUGUGUUUCUUUAUUCCCAAAUCUUACUUUGGUCUCUGUAUGUGCUGGAAGUCUUUGUGGGAAAAUAGAAUUUGUGUGAGUCCAAACAUUCUUAAACUUCACACACUGGUUAACACACCUGUUUUGUAAAGCUACAUUUUGAAAUAAUGGGUCAUUGGUGACCCAAUGUUUGAUGGUUGCUUUUAAAAAAUGUAACAUUUAAUUGUGAUUUGCUUUUGAGGUCAGAUCCUUUAUCUGUCAAAGAUCUUAUGAAAUUUAGCUUUUAUUUGUUAGCAUCCAGAUUAAGUACGAGUAAGGUAAUAUGGGGAAUACUGAAGCUACGUUUGUUUUUCUUUUUGGGAAAGUGUACUAUUUAUUAUUUUGAAAAUAUUUGGAUGGGAAGCUUUCAUUCCCUUAAAAAGUUCCUAUUACCAUCAUUAAAGCUGAAGUUAACACUUG